AUUUCACAAGCACGUGUAAGUAUAGUAAGCGUUAUAAAUUGACUAUUAUCUUCAUAAUUUAGGGAAUUGCCGAUCAGUAGUAUGUCAGAACUGUUGUGAUACGCACGAAGCGCAAACUGGUAACCACCAAUACAGACAGAAUUUCCUGAAGAUGCAAAUCUUUGUGCGCUGCUCAUUGACCCACACCCUUGAGGUGUCUGGAACCGAGACUGUUCAGGAUGUCAAGACCCUCAUCAACGAGAAGGAGGGUUUCUCUGCCACUGACCUCGUGGUGCUCUCUGCUGGUCGCCCCCUGGAAGAUGCCGAGCUGUUGUCUGGCUUGAACAACCUGACCACUCUUGAUGUAGAGGUCCGCAUGCUUGGAGGUAAGGUUCACGGAUCCCUGGCUCGUGCCGGCAAAGUCCGUGGACAGACCCCCAAGGUUGAGAAGCAGGAAAAGAAGAAGUCCAAGACAGGCCGUGCAAAGAGGAGAAUGCAGUACAACCGACGCUUUGUCAAUGUUGUUGCCACCUUUGGCAGGAGGAAGGGACCCAACGCUCGCUCUUAGAUUAUGUACAUUUCCUAUGUAUAAAAAGUCUCUAUUCCUACACAGAGGAAAAUAAAUGUGACAAGGGCA